AUGGCACCUACCGACGGCACUCAGAGCGAAGCCACUGCCAGGCUGACGAUAGCCGACGAGGAAAGGCAGUUUCUGCGGUAUGGAGUCAUCUUAGACUCUAAGGAGCCUCUUCCCAACGAGUUCAAGAGCUUCCUUCGCCAUGUAGUAAGAGCUCCAAGAGGAGGACCCGGCUCGCCUGCAGCCAAGAUCCUGCAUGCAGUCGCACCAGCAACUCAGAUCAUGAACGAGUUUGAAGCCAUAGAGCAUCUUGCACCGCAUCUGGGCUUCCUGAGUGCGCACACAAAAGGCGGCGCCAAGUACAACCACAUGGUACCUGAGGUUGAGUUCAACCAGGCCUACAUUUCGCACCGCGACGAUCCCACAUUCAAACUCAAGAAACCAAGGGCAGACAAGGCGCUUGGAUACAUGAGGCGCGAGUUCAUCCGUGCGCAACCAAAGCGCAUAAGUGACAAGCUGCAGCCAGCCUUUACUGCCGAGGAAGAGUCCAAACUUCUUGACGACCCAGCCGUUCCACCCAUCAGUCGCUACAUUCUCUGCCCUUGGUACACAAUGGAAUUCAAGUCCUCUGAGGCCUAUGCAGGUCUUAAGCAGGCCAAACUUCAGGUUGCACGUAACGGUGCGGCCGCCUGUGAGCACAUGUACCAGCUUUAUAGGCGUGCUGGCGUCGAACCAACAGCAGUAGACACCAUGCACUGGUCCUUGACAUGUAACACAAACACCGUUGAGCUCUUUUACAUUUGGCGUCAGCAAAUCGAUAACGAGCCUGUGCGGUAUCACCUGCGACGCGAAUGGUCAACUCUGCUUCAGGCCCCCAACAAUCUUGAUGAUGACGACAAGGACGAAGAUGAGCACGGCGUUGAGAACGCUAUGGUCGCCGAUUUAAGGAACCGUUUGCGCAAUCUACUUGAUCACGCCAGCAGCGCGCGCCUGACACGUAUCAAG